AUGGGUUCAGGUGUUUCAAAAUCGAAAAUAGAUGAUGAUGAUUUUUAUAAUAAUUGUAAAAAUGGUAAUGUUGAACAAGUUCGUCAAUCAUUACCUACAAUGACUUAUAAAAAGAUCAAUCAUCAACAAAGAGAUGGUAAUACACCACUUCAUGCUGCUUGUAUAAAUAAUCACAAAGAUAUUAUUAUUUUAAUACUCAAUCAACAAGAUAUUUGUGCGAGAACUUCACGAAAUAAAUCUGGUAAAACUGCUUAUGAUUGUGCAAAUUCUAUUGAAAUUCAACAAUUAUUUCGUCGUUCUCGAUUAUCAACAAUCGAACGUUUCUGUGAAAAUCAUCCAACAUUAUCUCUUCAACCAAUUCUUUCUCUUGGUGAUGAAAAUGAAGAAAAAAUUUCUCAUGAAAAAAUUCCUGAUGAUUGGGUUCGUGGUUAUAAAAAUGUUAAACAGACAUUUGAUGGACAAUUUAUGCUUGCUCUACAGAAUGCACCAUUACCAUUAAAAACUUUAAUGGAAUUAAGAACAAUAAAUGAAGCUCAAGAUAAUUUUGAAAUAUUUCUUGAAAAAUGUUUUCAAAAGGAACCAAAAAAACGUGAUUUAAUCAUGAAUGAAUAUGAAAAAUAUAAACAAACAAAAAAUAUUGACUAUUUAUUAAAAAUUUAUACAUUUGAAUCAUCAGUUUAUACAGCAUUACAGCAAGAAAUGAAUGCUUACACAACAAUAAUAUUUCUUAAUUUAAAAAAAUUAAUUAAUCGAACAUAUAAAGGUAAAACUUAUCGUGGUGCACAAAUGACACAAAUGGAUAUUGAUGCAUAUAAAUGGGCAGAAAAAAGUCAAGAUUAUAUUUUAGAAACACGUCUAUUUCAAUCAACAUCAAUAAAAGAUGAUGUAGCUAAAUUAUAUGGUGAAACUGAUCUAACAUCGGAUACAUUUGGUGUUCUAUUUAUAUAUAUAUUUGAUGAAAAAUGUCCAACUGCUAUUAACUUACAAGGUAUUUCUCAUUUUGAAGAUGAAGAAGAAAUUUUAUUAUUACCAUUUACAUUAUUCAAAGUAGAAAAGAUAGUUUUUGAUAAAGAUUUGAAACAUUACGAUAUUUCUCUUCGAUAUAUUUCAUCAUCAAAAAAAUCAUUUUUUUUAUCAUGGUGGAAUGUUAAAAAAAAUAAAUAA